AUGUGGAGACUCCUGACAACAGAACCUCCCCCAUGGGUUAAGCCGUUUCUCUUCCCCUCAGCCCCCCGGCAGCAACAGCGCUCGCCGAAACCCGGAGCCGAGGAAGCCAGAACGGCGGAUCCCUCCCACUCCCUGUUCCUCCCUAACCCCACACCAACAAGUCUUUUCCUCUCCCCGCAGGCCGCCGCUCAGGCGCAGGCGGGCGCGCAGGCAGGCGCGCAGGCAGGUGCGGGAGAUGGGAACGCGCAGGUAGGUGCGCAGGCGAGCGUGGGAUGUGGGAACGCGCAGGCAGGUGCGCAGGCAGGUGCGCAGGCGAGCGUGGGAUGUGGGAACGCGCAGGCAAACGUGCAGGCGGGCGCACAGGCGGCCGCAGGUUAUGGUGCCGGCGCUCAGGCGGGGCCGGGGAUGGGAUCGGCGGGAGACUGCUCCCCGACCGGCUCUGGGACGACUGGGGAGCCCCGAUUUGAAAAAGGGGGCUCAGGAGGGACGGCGCCACUCAUGAGCGCCAAACCACCGCUCCCUCCCGCCUCUCCUUCCUCCUCCCUUUACCCUGUUCUCCCACGAAAGGAUUCCCCUAAGGCUCCUGUCCUCCCCCCGGACCCCAAUUCACCUCUUAUUGACCUCCUCACAGAGGACCCACCACCAUACCCAGGGAAUCGGGCACCGGAGGGACCGGUGGCCCCUGCAAUGGCACCGGAGGGACCGGUGGCCCCUGCAAUGGCACUGGAGGGACCGACGGCCCCCGCGGAGGCGCCUAAACAGCCUCCAAGGAGAGAGGGGGAAGAUGAGACUCCGGCUCCCUCCCCAAUUGCCGGUCGCCUACGAAAAAAGCGCGACGAGCCAGCCAAGGAGUCCAGAGCCUUUCCCCUUAGGGAAGGUCCUAACCACCAGCUCCAAUACUGGCCGUUCUCAGCCUCUGACCUCUACAACUGGAAACAACAUAAUCCCCCUUUCUCUAAGGACCCUGUUGCCUUAACUAACCUGAUUGAGUCCAUUUUAGUGACCCACAAGCCCACUUGAAAAGAUUGUCAGCAGUUACUGCAGACCCAAAGCAGCGGGUCUUCCUGGAGGCUCGGAAGCGGGCUCCAGGAGAUGAUGGAAGACCCACCCAAUUGCCUAAUAUCAUUGACGCAGCCUUUCCCCUCACCCGCCCGAACUGGGACUUCGCG